UAUGCACGGUGAGUGUUUGCAUCACUAAACGAUCGCGAUGUAUAUUUAAAAUUGAAAAACGAGCGCGAUCUCUCGCGAAUUAUUCGCGUAUUUGCAUCUCGCGUGGUUAAUUUUCAACUUGACGUUUACGCGGCUACACGUGUCUUCGCUUGUCAAUCGCGUUCCAGAAUCUGCAUUAAUCGCAAACUGCAUCCUCGAUUGCAGUUUCUAGGCAACGUGAUUGAUCGAUGCGAUGAUUCCAGCACGGAUAUUCCGCUUGAUUCACACAAACAGCUUGCUAUGGCAGGCAACAAAGAAAUCCCCACUACAAAAGCUGCGCAAAAAGACUGGUUAUACCUUGGAAAACUGCAAGAAAGCUUUGCAAUUGCACGAGAAUGAUUUAGAAAAGGCUGAGAAAUGGCUAAAGGAACAGGCGCAACAGCACGGUUGGACACAGGCGGCCAAACUACAAGGUCGCAAUACCAGUCAAGGCCUUAUCACAGUGACCAUUGAUGGACAAUACGCUGCAUUGGCAGAGAUUAACUGCGAGACUGAUUUUGUGGCGCAAAACAAGAAAUUUCACGGUCUCGCAGAAACGGUAGCCGCUGCCGUAUUAAACCAUGCAAAGUCCCAAGAAAUUCAAGACGAAGUGCAGCGAACUGUAUUCCAUGCGGACAAUCUUAAAAUCUUGUCAGCUGUGGAUGGCAAGAGCUUGGGUGAUCAUUCCGCUCUAACCAUUGGCGAUGUGGGCGAGAACAUCAAACUGAGACGCGCUUUGGCCAUCAGUAUUCAAUCGCCGGACGUGACACUGUUUGGUUGCACGCAUCCAACACCUAUGAAUCCCAUACCCGUUUCCUUUGGCAAAUAUGGUGUCCUUAUCGCUGUCAAAUGCAAGAAUAAGGACAAUAUACUGGGCAUGCAACUCUGUCAGCAUAUCAUUGGUAUGGACCCACAGAAGAUUGGAAAUCCACAAGUGGACGAGCCGCAUAAUAAUGUGGACGAGGAGCCCUGCAUGAUCUAUCAGGAAUUCCUACUUGAUCCCUCUGUCUCUGUACAGCAAUUGCUAGUAGAGACAGAAACUGAGAUCAUCGAUUUUGCGCGCUUCGAAGUUGGUGAGAAUCUCGACGAAGAACCGACAAUAGAGAGUAUUCAGACUUGCGGCUGAAAUCGAUUUCAAUAUCUAUGAAGGGUCAUCAUGCGUUAUUUCGAUUAUAUAUCACAUUUUCCAUUAAUAAUAAUUUUUACGAUAGUACAUGAUGAUGAUAGUUAUUAUUUUUAUUAUAAGAUUGAAAAAGAAUCGAAAAAGAAAGACUGCUAUAUGAAGAGCAACUCGCAUAACUUUGUCGUAGACAGCAAAUGUCCAAAUGAAAAGAAUAGAAAAAUAUUAAAUCAUAUUGCUAUGUACAGUAUAUCAUGUAUAAUAAAAUCGAUAAUAUCUUAGUAU